GAGUAUCACUAUCAUGAUCACCAACGAUUUGAAGAACUACUGUCUGGAUUCAAAGACAAAGGCAUUAUCGUGGGUCCGACCAGUUAUGAUUGAAAAAGAUGCACCAGAAUGCGAAGUUGAUGAAUUAAAAAGCACCACAACCACCAUCUCCAGCCACAAUAACGGCGACAAUCGUUUCAGCAGCAGAUACAGUGCAAGAUUGCUAGGAGAGAAACUGAAUAACUUAAAUUUGGGCGAUACUUCAUCAUUGGGUGAUUAUGCCUCAGGGCCACAAAUUGAUGAAGGUGGCCAUAAAAUCCUCAUGAAAUGUAUACAUGGUGUGAGCAACUCCCUGGUGGCCAACACUGGACUCCUUAACACCAUGGAUUCCUCGUGUGGUGAUGGCGACUGUGGCCACACAUUUGCGGCUGGAGCCAGAGGAAUGUACAAAAUGAUGAGUGAUGGAAAACUGAAUGGAGUUUUUAAGCUGAAGAAAAUAAUGGAAAUUCUCUCAGAGACGGUUGAAGACAGUAUGGGAGGAACGUCUGGAGGGAUAUACAGUUUACUAUUGACGGCUAUAUCGCAAGAAAUGGGCACAGAGACCAAGCCAACCGCAACGAAUGAGACGUGGGCCAGAGGGCUGGUCAGGGGCAUGGAGAGCAUCAUGAGAUAUGGCGGGGCUGGCCCGGGGUCAAGGACAAUGCUGGACCCCCUUCAUGCACUUUGUACUUUCCUGGACAAGGAAUCUCACAACACGGACACCGUUACUCUCUGGCAAAACGCUGCUAAGGUAGUAGAUAAAGAGACAAAGAGAACGAAGAACAUGGAGGCAAAAGCGGGAAGAGCGGCUUAUGUACGUCGGGAAAACCUCAUCUACCCGGAUCCCGGGGCGCAUGCGUUCUUCGUCGCCCUGACGGCCAUCGUCAAUGUUCUCGUAGAUAGCAAAAAAUAUUUUGAGUAAUUUUUGUGGGGUUUUUUGGAAUUUUUUUGCGGUUCUAUCAAUUAUUUAUAUUAAAUUGUUUUUUUUUUAAUUUUAUUCUAUCAACGUUAAUUGAGAACGAUGUUUUGAAUGAUUUUUUGGUUUAAAAAUAUAUCGGCUUUUAAGAAUGUGUAUUUUUAAGUUUGUUGUAAUGUUUCAUGAAGCGUUGGUAUGUAGGAGAGCAUAUUCGUAUGGGAAGGUUUUAGUUCCACGUUAUUUCAAUUUUUUUUAAACCUAAGUUUUUUAAUUUAAUUAAACUGUAAAUUUAAAAAAUCAAAUUAUUUUGCACGUUAAAUUUGUUUUGUGGAGAUUAUUCAAUCGCAUUUGUAGUGUAAUCAAUAUUUCAUUUAUGUGAAGUUCAACGAACGAUUAUCUAUUAUAAAAGAAUGAAUCUAUUAAUUUUAUUUAGUUUUUAAAAUUGAAAUGUUAUUCUCGCCAGCAUAUCAAUUACUUUUGCAAUAUUUUAAUAGUAGAGCUAUAUUAUAUUUAAUUCGUCUGAUUCCACGAACAAGUUUAAUAUCCUAGUAACAGUCAUAUUAAUAGUAGUAGUAGUAGUAGUAGUAGUAGUAAUAGUAGUAGUAGUAGUAGUAGUAGUAGUAGUAGUAGUAGUAGUAGUAGUAGUAGUAGUUGUUGUUGUUGUUGUUGUUGUUGUAGUAGUAGUAGUAGUUGUAGUGGUAGUAGUAAUUGUAGUAGAUUAGUGGUAGAAGCGAUGGCAAUAAUUUUUUAUUCUUAUCGUAUUGCACCAAUAUUAACAAUUAUUAUUAACAAAGAACAAGAUAUUAAAAUUAAGUGCUC